CGUAAGCGAAGAGUCAAAAAUGGCGUCGUAAUCUGGUCAAACUGGUGACCUCAUGAAAUGUCGAUGCCGAUUCGGUUGAUGAUGAUGGUGAUGAUGAUGAUGACGAAGAUUCCCCCCCGUGUUGGUGUCGUCAUAGUGCUCGCUCAUCGCUUCGUCGUUCCCUCGAGAUGCCGAAAUUUGCGCGCCGGACACACAGAGACAUUCAUGCUGUGAACAUGCUGUGGCUGCUGCCUUAGUUUCACUUUAAAUCAAGAACGAGGCGGAUGGAAGCGAUCCGCAGUAAAUUCGUAUACGCUAUAUUCGAACGGCGCUAAUAUCGCAACGCUACGCGACGCGACGAAACGCGAAGGAAAUAUAUUUGUGCUGUAUAGAAAUUAAAAAUAAAAUACUUGUGUGAAUUCGCGUAUGGAAAACAAUCGACUGAUACACAAAAAGUGAACCAUCGAAGUUCCUAAAUCCAUAAAAAUAAUAAUACAAAUAUAAAGUGAAGUGCAGCAUUGCCUACGAGAUGCAGACUCAAUCACCGACGCCCAGCACACCUCCGCCUUCGAGGCGCUCCAAUCGUCCGCCUCGCAUUAAUAUAUACAACAUCCAUGGUGGCGGUGGCUCAAUGCCGCCGAGUGCACAGCCUCAGUCACAGCGUCCCUACACCGCACAGUCGAAUCAUACAGGGAUUGGACCAUCUGGUCCUUAUUGGCCGCCCAUUGCGAAUCCCUUCGAUGCGGCCAAUAUUAUGUCCAAGGGCUAUGAGGGCUUUCUUGAUCUCACCAAAUCGGGCUUGAGUGUCGGCGAGAAGUUCAGCUUUGGACUUUACAACAAAGUUAGCAAAUUGUCGAAGCGAUGGUUCACGCACAUCUUCCUACUGUUAGUCCUCGCCCUCUACAACGUUCUUGGAGCAGUGCUAUUUAAAUAUUCUGAACGUGAGUCUGCUGAAGAAAAGGGAAUAGAUAAAUGA